CAUGCGCCUGCUUACAAUCCUGCCACACUUUUUUACCCCUCCUAUUUCCUGUUCUCAUGUCUCCCUCUCACCUUCCUUUAUUCUUCCACCCAGAUUCUCCCACCCUCGAUUCUUCUCGUCUUGCCGCUAAGCCGCCAUGAGCCCAGACAUACCCACCGCUGACGGGCAGGCCCAGGACCCCUCUGCGCAGCCGCAGCCGCAGCAGGAUGGCUACGCCGCUGCCCCUUCGGAGGAGCAACAAGAGGAAGAAAGGAAGCAUCGUGAAAAGCGACCCUCGACCUCUAGUUCGAAGCAUGACGAGCCCGCUGGUGGCUACGACAGCACGCCCAUUCCUCAUGCACCGCCCGGUUACACGAUUAAGGUGACCUUCCACCGCGCAACGAACCUUCCCAUGGCGGACAUAAGCAGUCUUUCCUCCGAUCCCUUUGUCCUCUGCCAGAUCAAUACCGAUCUGAGGCCAAGGCACAAGGAGGAUCCACCACUGCGCUUCCGCACCCCAACUCGCAGGCGUACCACCGAGCCCGAAUGGAAUUCUGAGUGGAUCAUCGCCAAUGUACCGGCUUCAGGUUUCAAGCUUAAAGCGAGAGUCUACGAUGAGGACGCCCGGGACCACGACGACAGAUUAGGCAAUGUGCAUAUCCUUGUAGACCGCCUGUACGAGGGCUGGCCGGGGGUCAAAGAGGAGAGUUACAAACUCAGGAAGCGUGCCGGAAGCAAACGAGCAUAUGCGGCGCACGCCGUUUUUACCUGCGUAAAUCAGUCAAUGCACAUUAAUGGCCAGCUCGUCGUCAGUAUUGAGUUGCUGGGUAAAACCCAGGGUGAAGAGGGUGGCAGAUCCUAUACUAUUGGCCCUUGUUGGUGGACGAAACACUAUUCUCCGCUUCUUGGACGCCUUGCGAACCGUAAGGAUACUGGAGAUGAUGAGAACCCAAACCUCGAUAACAACGGGCAGAGAGUCUCGCGGUACAACUUUCAAGCAAACCAAAUGCAGCUCAGCGGUCCGGUCCCUGAAGAGCUCUAUCAUCGCUAUGUCGAAUUCAAGCCGUUCGUGAAAGGCAUGUUCACCUCCACGGGCAUUAGAGGGUUCCUGCUAUCGAAAGCACUGCACCAUCAGCACUCGCGCGUCUACAACUUCGAUAGCAGCACGGAAUACGGCCUUUUCGAACAACCGUCCGAGGACCUGACCCAGAAGUUCCUUGACCUCGUCCAUUACGACAAGGGCGGUAGGAUAUUUACCUACGUGCUGACGCUGGACGCGUUGUUCCGUUUCACGGAAACGGGCAAGGAGUUUGGCAUUGAUAUGCUAAGCAAGCACACGAUGCAUAGCGACGUCUCCAUCUACAUUGCUUUUAGUGGCGAAUUUUUCAUUCGCCGCUUGAAGCACGCCCACCGCAAGUCGCCUGAUGAGAACGGAAAUACUCGUGAAUCAACUCACAACGACACGCAUCCACCAACUAAUAUGGCUGGCGGGCCCCCGGAUGAAGAGCCACCGAAAGAUCCCGCUCACUACGAACUGGUCAUUGACAACGACAGUGGAACCUACCGUCCGAACGCUAAGCUUCUUCCUCUUCUCAAACGCUUCUUACAACAGUCGUUCCCAGGCCUCAAGAUUGCAACUCUGGAUAGCCAGGCCGACGCAGAGAAGAUGGACCGCUUGAAACAGGAGCAGCGUGACCGUAAGGCUGAGGAAGGCGACCAAAUUGUGUACACGCAGCCCAGCGACGAUGAAAGCAGCAUCAGUUCAAGCGAUGAGGAAGACUUGGACGAUGCGGUUGCUGCCCAUGAAGCCAGGACUAGAGACACCCAUGUGCUCAAUGUUCUGGGUCAUCAGGCUAAGGGCAAGCAGACUGCCAAGAUGGACCAUUUGAAGGACUUCGCGCACAGACCUGGCGCUCGUCAGGACGAAGGCGGUGAGCCAUCUCAAGCUCAUUAGGAGUUGAAAUGUUCUUCCCCAUCGGCGGCUGAUACCCGACGCGGCUCGUGUAUCGAGACUCGUGUCAGCAUUGUUUCUGCGCCUGCUUUUCUUCGUGUUUUCCGUUUUGGAACAAAUACCCAUAUUUUCUUGGUCAAAAUACUUUGAUUUGGUACUCCCUAUGUACUUCAUGCCUUAGGCAUAUACCAUAUUAAUGAAUUUUACUACCU